AUGAGAAUCUUCAGCGUCUUCGCCCUUUUGCCGGCUCUUGGUGGCCUUUGUCAGGCUGCUUACAGAAACCAUAUCCUCAAGCCCGCAGUUCAAACUGAUUACGAUGUCAUCAUCGUCGGAGGGGGUCCUGCAGGCCUCAGUGCAGCCAGUGCUUUGGCCCGAGUUCGUCGAAAUGUCUUGUUGAUUGACUCCGGAGACUAUCGAAAUGCUGCCACCCGGCAUUUGCACGACGUGAUUGGGUAUGACGGAGUCACGCCGGCAUACUUUCGCUGGAUAGCGCGCAACCAGAUUCGAGAUUAUGAUACCGUGAGCUUGGUAAAUGGCACGGUUACCAAGAUCCAACCAGAGUCGGAUAAUUCCUACUUUACAGUCUCCGCCAGCUAUCCAGAGGACCGUAAUCUCACCUUGACCGCUCGAAAGAUUAUCCUUGCAACAGGAUUACGUGAUUUAAUUCCUUCCACGCCAGGACUCCGUGAGAAUUGGGCCAAAGGCAUAUACUGGUGCCCCUGGUGUGACGGCCAUGAGCACGCCGACCAGCCGCUGGGGAUCUUGGGGCCUCUGGAAAAGGGACCUGGUGCGGUCCGCGAAAUUAUCACUUUGAACCAGGAUAUCAUCCUGUUCGUCAACGGCACGGACACACCUGAUCAACGUACCGCCACGGAGGAGGACUUUCCCCAGUGGGAGCAGUACCUGAAGCUGCAUAGCAUAACAAUUGACAACCGAAUCCUAACAUCUAUUGAGAGGCUCAAGAAUGGUACCACUGGAGAUGAAGACCCCAGCCUCCCGUCUGUCCCCGAACACGAUCUCUUUCAGCUCAACUUUGAGACUGGCCCGCCGGUGCUUCGGGCGGCUAUCCUGACCAAUUUCGAGACUGCGCAGAAGUCAAAUUUAGGAGAGGAGACUGGGGUUGCUCUAUAUGGAGGGAAGCUCGCUGUUGAUCCAUCGCAUGGCUUGGUCACGAAUAUUCCGGGGUUAUUUGCCAUUGGAGAUGCGAAUUCGGAUAACACUACCAACAUUCCGCAUGCCAUGUAUAGCGGGAAGAAGACUGCCGUCUACAUUCAAGUUGAACUGGAAACCGAAAAUGCGGAGGCUGAGCUAUCAGUCCAGUCUACCAAGACGAAGAGAGGGUUGGAAGAUUACAUGCGGACUUUAUGGUCUCGCAUGAAUGUGCCAGGCGAAGUCCUCUACGCAGGAGAAUUUGAUCAAUGA